GCAUCCACUGCCAUCAUCUCCCGCAGACGGGCCACCAGGGCCAAACAAUGAUGUUGACAAUGCCUCGCCCUGCUGCCACCACCCGAUAUGGGGCUGUCGGAAUUGAGAGCAGCUACUUCUCCUUAAAACCACUGGCUUUCCCUGAGAUAUCUGGCUUCUGUUCUUCCUUGAUAUCUGUUCCACCUGAGCCAUUUCUCAUUGCUAGCCCAGGCUUCUGCAUCCCCAGUUUUCGUCGCUUCUGUUCCUCUGACGUCCGUCUUCCAUUCUACCGAGGGCCAAUAUACCCAUCGCGUGCCCUACAUCACCCACUCCGAUUUCUCAGAUUCGACCGUUCUUUUUCCUAUCUCGAGUCACUGUAGGAGCAGGAGCUGCAAAUAUGGCAACCAACGGAGAUACCAAUGGCCAGUCUACCGGUACUGGCACGGAGAAAAUCAACACAGACAUCAUCACUCUCACUAGAUUCCUGACAGAAGAACAGUCGAAACACAAGGAAGCCACCGGUGACUUUACACUGCUCUGCCAUGCCCUUCAAUUCUCCUUCAAAUCCAUUUCCUACUAUAUCCGUCGUGCCACCUUGAUCAAUCUCACCGGUCUAGCUGGUUCUUCGAACACGACGGGCGAUGAUCAGAAAAAACUCGACGUGAUUGGCAAUGACCUCUUCGUGGCCGCAAUGCGGGGUUCCGGAAAGGUCAGAGCUCUCGUCUCGGAAGAAGAGGAGGAGGUGAUAUACUUUGACGAAAGCCACGAUGCCAGAUAUGUUGUGGCCUGCGACCCCAUUGACGGGUCGAGCAAUCUGGAUGCUGGUGUCAGUGUAGGAACCAUUUUUGGGAUUAUGAAGUUGCCAGACAGUGUCGUGGGCAAGAAACCUUCUCCGGAAGAUCUCCUGAUGCCGGGUACGGAACUGCUUGCUGCUGGGUUCACCAUGUAUGGCGCCUCUGCGCAACUCGUCAUCACCAUGAAAGGCGGCUCGGUCAAUGGAUUCACUCUGGACAAUGCCCUAGGAGAAUUCAUUCUCACACACCCCAAUAUGCGCAUCCCUAAGAAGCGUGCCAUCUACUCUGUGAACGAAGGAAACUCCCUCUACUGGACCGACAAAACAAAGGCUUACUUUGAGUCGCUCAAAUACCCUACUGAAAAGGGCGGCAAACCAUACAGCGCCCGCUAUAUUGGAUCCAUGGUUGCUGACGCUUAUCGCACACUACUGUACGGAGGCAUCUUCGCGUACCCGGCGGAUAAGAAAUCACCCAAAGGAAAACUCAGGAUUCUGUACGAGUGUGCGCCGAUGGCGCUGGUUAUGGAGAAUGCGGGUGGCAUGGCAGUGAACAGCAAGAUGGAGAGGAUGUUGGAGGUCAAGCCGGAAGGUAUCCACGACCGAAGCGGAAUUUUCAUGGGCAGCAAAGAAGAGAUGGAGAAAGUCAUUGCGGCGCACAAGUAGAUUAGGGGAGUCGGUAGCGAAGCAGAUCACGGGGGAGGACGAGACGGUCCCUCAGGAGGAGACGGCACGGAGCUAUCAACGACAUAACGGGAGUUGUUGAGCGGGAAUCAACUGACAAUCAUGGAAUGGAUUUGGUCUUAUGGUAUAUGUAUUUACCUACCAUGUUAUGCAUGACCUACGAAAAUCAGGAAACCGGCAUCCAUAUGCAAAAUGUCAUGAUGCAUUUGUUUGCCCUCUGCCCCC